AUGAACUACAAGUAUUACAUCGCCGCCUAUCUCAAUCUCAAAGCUGAAAAGAAACCCCAGCUUCAUACUGAGCAGCGUAGAAGUAACCAGAGCUCUUAGUGCAAAUUGCUUUUCAAGGUGCACUCAGAUGAAAGCCCACACCCCUAACUUACUGUGCUCUGUUUCUAGUGUACCGUCGGAAACACCAGGAACUUCAAGCUAUGCAGAUGGAGUUACAGAGCCCUGAGUAUAAACUGAGCAAGCUGCGAACCUCCACCAUUAUGACUGACUACAACCCCAAUUAUUGCUUUGCAGGGAAGACCACAUCCAUUAGUGACCUCAAAGAGGUGCCCCGGAAAAAUAUCUCUUUGAUAAGGUAAACCAGCCUCUCUGACUUUUUUAUGCUCGGAUGCGCUCUGCGGCAAAUGUGCACGAGCAGAUCCACACAUGCGCCUUCUCCUUUUGUUUGGCAGUACCACACACUCAUCUUUAUUCACAAGCAUGCAAGACCACUGCUGGCUGUGGCAAUGGUCUUUUGGGUGUAAAGAUAGUGGAGAAUGGAUGGAAGCUGGAUCUCUGCCCUCCCCUCAGGUUGUUCAGCCUGACAGGUAGGGAGAAAAGUUCGGCACCUGCUUCCUAUGGAUGAUCCAAAGAGCUAUUAUAUAUAAAGCUCUGUAAUUCCUCAGGCACUGGCUAUAAUUUGCCCAGGCUCUCUUAGACAGCACUGACAUCUGGCGCAGUGACCUUUUGGAGGUUCUGGCAGGGCUUGUGACUGGGUCUCUGGCAAUAAAAGUGACAUCAGCAAAGGCAUCUGCUCUGCCAGGCACUAGAAAACCCAGAUAUAGCAGUGCCAGUCUAACAUGGAUCUCGAUUUGGGGGGAAAGCAUUAGCAAGUUACGGUAAAUUCCAGUAUGAGAAAGUUAAUUUUAACCCUUCUCUUUGUAUUUAGAGUUGUAGCUGACCCUGUAAGGGUAUAGAAAGGAGGGUGUAUAUUUCCCCCCCUAACUUUGUGUGCCCCCUCACAUUCAGCUGUUGCUUCAUAUGCUCACACACCUGUGUACAUUAAAAAAAAAAACACAUGCAAAUUGAAGAUUUCACUAAAAGGCUAUUCCUCACUGAAAGAGAGGCAGAAAAAUUAAGCCCAUCAAAUAUGUUGGGGUCUAAAAGAUCUCAAAUAUGGUCAGAUUUCACACUUAAUACAACAACUGAUUCAUGCCAAUGAAGCAGUUAGAAUUAAAAGUUGUUAAUAUUUUAAUACACACAUUCCGAAGAAUUUGAGUGGCGGGGGAGGCCAGGGAGGGUGGGGAAGAAAGAUUUCUGAACUUUAUGCUUUACAUGAGAGUCAUUGCAGUCUAUGGGUACACUAUCUCUCUUGCACUUCUGAGUUAUAAAUAACAAUCCUUAAUGAAGCUUUAUGUGUCCAACACAUAUGUUUGAACUGUGAAUUAAUUGGGUCUAACUAAUUAAAAUGCUCAAAUGGUGUUCCAACCUCAAGGAGGAUGGGGGUGCCUAAAUUUCACUUGCCACUGUAGCAUUCACUGGGUUGGGCUUACUUGCACCUCUAGUGAAUGAAGGCAGGAGUAGCUUUUACAGGAAAUCGGCUGGUGUCACUUCCAUUUUUUGCUCCUGCCUCAACAAAGCAAUCACAUUCUCCUUUGGCUCCUUGUGCUCCUUCAUCUUUGCUUAGCAAUGUUCUUCUUCUGUGAUUUCACUCUACUGUUCUUUCUCUGUAUAUAAACACACAGAGAAUCCUUUCCCUCCUCUCUGCAGGCUGGGUGUAGCUACUUCCUUACAUGGCCUGCAACAUCUCUUCCCACUCUCCAGCUCUGUUUGCAUGGUUGGCUUUCAGUUAAUGGUUUGUUGUAGGAAAUAGGUUCACACUGUUCUGAGUUUUAGCUCCAGACUUUUCAUGCUCGGUGAGCAUGCCAAACUGAAGAGGGGCCAGUCUGUUUCCUGUGAAAGCUACUCCUGCCUUCAUCCAAUAGAGGUGCCAGUAAGCCCCACCUAGUGAGGCUACACUAGGCAAGCAAAUCUACCCUUCAGGUGGGUACACAAUGGUACUUUCUUAGGCAGAGAGCUAGUCCAUCCAACAUCAUGCCAUCGGAGCUAGCAGUGGAUGAUCUUCGCCGGUUCUGAUAUCUGAGUGUCUUUGUUCUGAAGAUGCCAAAGGUUGACCAGAGAGGGCUUGUACAUUCAUUGAAUUCUAGUGUUGGAAGGGAUACUGGACAUAGUUGCUCAGGGCAGCAUCUGCAAUGCAGGAUGCCACUGUAGCAUUUCUGAUAAAUGGCCUUUCAGGAUACAUCAUAGGGGAGCCCACACCACCCGCCGAGGCACUCUGUUCCACUGUCAAAGAACUCUUACUGUUUGGAAGUUUCUCCUAACGUUUGGGCAAAGUCUGCUUCCCUGAAAUUUUCACACACUGCUUCCAGCCCUACCCACAGGAGCAACAAAGAAAAAGUCUGAAUUUGGAGGCAUGUGCUGCACCCAGCCCUUUGACGAGGAGGGUGUUAUUGGGUUGUUGUUUUUAUUUUGAAUAUAUAUAGUGGUUUGAUAUUUUGAUUUUGUUCUGUGAACCGCCCUGCACACUGGCUGCAGUAAGGAAUCUUAGGACCAGAUGGGCCCCAGGGAGCACUGCAUUCUGACAUUGCCUUUGCCCUACACUGGCAGUGAGGAAAUCACCAAGUUUUAAUCCAUCUGGAGCAUGACAGAGAACCCAGGGAAGCGAAAGAAGGAAGUAAUGGGGAGGGUAUUGAGUGCUGCACUUUACAUUUGGCUUUUUUAAAAAAAUGGCGGCCCUGUGCCAGUAAGAAUGACUUUCCUGUGUCAAGAGUAAUUGGUAGCUGCUAUCAUGACAAUGUCAUUUCAGCUUGUAAAGCUGUGAGGUGGUGAUGCCUGUUCACUGGAGAGCAUGACAUGCUGUGUGAUCCUAGUGUAGUAAGAAAUUAUAGCGCACUACAAAAAGCCAAGGAACUAGCUAGGAGCCUUAAUCAAGCAUCUGAAAAGCACAAGGCAGAAGCAGCUCCUAAUUUAUUAUAUCUGCACAGAGGGCACAUUGGGGGUGGGAGUGGGGAAACAGCUUUGCAGUGGAUCUUGUUCCCAUGUUUGAGGGGGCAAAUCUCUAAAUUGUCGGUUCAGAUUCCCUAGUGUGAGGCAGCCUUCCUCACAGCACAUGCUGUGGCACUCUUGAAAUAAAGCUACCAACUGAACAGAAUACAGGCCAUCUAACAUUUACUAGAACCAGUCACUAUCCAUCAAAGAGCCAAAAAAUAAAAUUUAUAACAAUUGUUGGCUUAGAUGUACUGCUGCUGCUGCUGCUCAGGCACCAAAGGUCUAAUAAUGUCGCAGGAUCCAAGUGCCAAGCUCUUACCAGGUUAGUCCCAGCUGGAAUUGUGCAUUUUAGACCAUGAGAAAACAGAGGUAAAAAGAAAAACUCAGGGGGGAUGCAACCACCUAUCUCCCACGCCAUGUCUGCUUGACUCUUAUUGCCUGUGCUGCCAUAGAAGCUUCAUGGAGAAGAGAACUUUUGUCUCUACAGAGACACCACCACAGGUGAUGACUUGCAGGAGGCAUUGCUGCUAUCAGUCCUACAAGGAUUAGGCAAAGCAAGAGGCUCGUAUGGUUCCAGCUGAUUCUAUAAGGCUGCUGUCCUCUCCCUGGCUUCUCUACAUGAGACUCCCCGUCGUUGCUUUCCAUCAGACCACCCACCCGGACAGUUGUUCUGUGUAUUAUGGGUUUGCAACCAGCUGUUGCAAGAGCAAUUGGCGGGGGGUUUGGCUUACUUUACUCAUCAUGGUUUGGGUCCUGGGAAACCAUAAUAUUCCAGCAACAAAGUAUUGCUAUUGAAAGAAAAUCCUGUGCAAAACCUACCUACAGUUUUAAAUUAGUUUCCUGGAAAAGUCCUAAGCAAGUCUGUUGGCAAUUUGAUGACUCCACUAUUGUGUACAGUAUUGGCUUUUAAAACUCAGUUAGACAGGUUUUGCAAGGCCCCUCCUUCUAAGACAGUCAGUCCAUCACACUUGUCAGAAAUCUGUCAUCUCCUCCUAAUGGCCCCUUAAGGUGCAAUAAAAUAAAAUAAAAUCCAUCUCUUAGUUACUUUUUUAUGUUGAUUUCUGGAAUAGUAAUUGGCGAUGUUCUUUGAGAUGAAAUUUGUUUUAUUGAUGCAGUCUUUUCCCUAGGAGAAGACUGUCUACAUUGUUCUGUGCUUCAUGUUUAUUGCUUAUUUUUCUUGCUGUUUCCUGUGGUGUUUCAAGCCUGCUUUCAAUGCUUUCCUUUCUGCACAAAUAUACCCAAUCAGUUGCAACUCUCUGUGCAUGUGAGACAUUGAGUGAUAGCUGCCUUUCCCCUCUUCUUCCUCUACCUACCUCCACAUACAAACACGCUGAGCCUUCAACUCAAUGAGCCCCAGUGGCCGUGUUCUGCCUCUGGACCCCCAAAGCCCUCCUGAGAUUUGCCUGCUUCUCUGCUGCACAUACAACGUUUUUAUAUUUUUAUUAAUCAAAGGCUGGAAUGAGCAGUGACACAAAACUUGUGUAAUGAGCACACAGGAGAAAAUCUAUCUUAACAGGGUGCAUGAUUUAUUUAUUUGCUCGUUUUCUGUAUUCUUUUAAAUAAUUAAUCCCGAAACCCACUUUAUAAAAAUUGUUCAACAUCUACAGUAAUCAUGCUUAGCUUUGGCACACAAUUACUCUGCUGUGAGUCUGGGGUGCCAUGCAGAAUUUGUUACUCCCAUUGUACACUUCCAACAUGCUAAGGCCACGGUCUGUAGUCAGCAGUUGCAAACCACCUUAAUAUCCCCAGUAGAUGACUUAUGCCAGAAUAAAGAUAGAGGGGUGUGAUAUUGUUGAUUCUUUUGGACCAUUCAGCAUCCUUCAAUACCAUCAUCCAUGUUAUCCUUAUGAGUCCAUCAACCAUAUAACCCUUCUGAUUGGUUUAAAUAAUUUUUUAUUAAGGUUUUAAACAAAGAAAAAAGAAAAACAACACACACACAAAAACAAUACAAAACUUAACAAUAAAAACACAAAACAUAACAAUUAAAAACAAACUCUCUUUUCCAUUUCCAAUUUUAAAUUACUUAUUUUCUGGACUUCCUCAUACCUCCCUCUUUUGUAUUCCAAUCCACAUUAUUUGUCCAGCAGUUUCUUUUCCACUUUUUUAAUCCCAAUCUUUAAUUUAAUAAAAUGUUAAAAUAUAUAACUUCAACUUUUUUAAACCUAAUCCUUGCUCUUAAUGUCAUAUAGCAUUAAAUUUUUCCCUUUUAUUAUCAAAUUUCCAUUUCUUUAAACAUCUUUAAUCUUAAUCUUUAAUCUUAAUCUAUCCUUAACUUUAACCUGUACAGCUGGAAACCACUUAUUUUCAAUCCAACAUCACUCUAACAUUCCUUAAUUUUGCAGUGUUUCUGAAGAUAGUCUUUGAAUUUCUUCCAGUCUUCCUCCAUCGACUCUUCUCCCUGGUCACGGAUUCUGCCAGUCAUUUCCGCCAAUUCCAUAUAGUCCAUAAGUUUCAUCUGCCAUUCCUCCAGCGUGGGAAGUUCUUGUGUCUUCCAAUACUUUGCGAUGAGUAUUCUUGCUGCUGUUGUUGCAUACAUAAAGAAAGUUCUAUCCUUUUUAACACCAUUUGGCCCACUAUGCCCAGGAGAAAGGCCUCUGGUUUCUUAGGAAAGGUAUACUUAAAUACCUUUUUAAUUCAUUAUAUAUCUUUUCCCAGAAAGCCUUAAUCUUUGGGCACGUCCACCAAAGGUGAAAAAAUGUACCUUCAGUUUCUUUACAUUUCCAACAUUUGUUAUCGGGCAAGUGAUAGAUUUUCGCAAGCUUGACUGGGGUUAUGUACCACCUGUAUAUCAUUUUCAUAAUAUUCUCUCUUAAGGCAUUACAUGCCGUAAAUUUCAUACCUGUGGUCCAUAACUGUUCCCAGUCAGCAAACAUAAUGUUAUGUCCAACGUCCUGUGCCCAUUUAAUCAUAGCCGAUUUUACCGUUUCAUCCUGAGUAUUCCAUUUCAGCAGCAAGUUAUACAUUCUUGACAAAUUCUUAGUUUUGGGUUCUAACAAUUCUGUUUCUAAUUUGGAUCUUUCCACCUGGAAGCCAAUUUUCCUGUCCAAUUUAAAUGCCUCCAUUAUCUGAUAAUAAUGAAGCCAGUCUCGCACUUUGUUUUUUAGUUUUUCAAAACUCUGCAAUUUCAGUCUAUCUCCGUCUUGUUCCAAAAUUUCCCAAUAUUUCGGCCAUUUGACCUCCAUAUUGACCUUUUCAAGGCUUUCGCUUCCAUUGGUGACAGCCACCUUGGGGUUUUGUUUUCUAACAAAUCCUUAUAUCUUAACCAAACAUUGAAUAGCGCUUUCCUGACAAUGUGGUUUUUAAAUGCUUUAUGUGCUUUGACCUUAUCAUACCAUAGAUAUGCAUGCCAUCCAAAUACAUUAUUGAAACCUUCCAAGUCCAAAAUGUCAGUGUUUUCAAGAAGUAGCCAUUCUUUCAACCAGCAAAAGGCUGCUGAUUCAUAAUAAAGUUUAAGGUCUGGCAGGGCAAAUCCACCUCUUUCCUUUGCAUCUGUUAGUAUUUUAAAUUUUAUUCUAGGCUUCUUGCCCUGCCAGACAAAUUUAGAGAUAUCUUUCUGCCACCUCUUGAAACAAUCCAUUUUGUCCACGAUCUGCAAAGUUUGAAACAAGAACAACAUUCUAGGCAAUACAUUCAUCUUUAUCGCAGCAAUACGGCCUAGCAGUGAAAGCUUCAAAUUUGACCAAAUUUCUAAAUCUUUUUUCACUUCUGACCAACAUUUUUCAUAAUUAUCUUUAAAUAAAUUCCGCUGUCAUGUUAAUCCCCAGGUAUUUAACUUUCUUAACCACUGUUAAACCUGUCUCAUUCUGAAACCUCUCUCUUUCAAACGGUGUUAAAUUUUUCUCUAGAACCUUGGUUUUUGACUUGUUCAAUUUAAAUCCUGCCACUUGACCAAAUUCUUGAAUCAGUUCUAAAACCCUUUUUGUACUAGAUUCUGGCUCCUGUAACGUCAAUACUAAGUCAUCUGCAAAUGCUCUCAAUUUAUAAUGUUUAAUUCCGACCUGUAUACCUUUAACCAUCUGGUCCCUUCUAAUCAUAUUCAGCAGAACCUCCAGGACCGAAAUAAAAAGAAGUGGGGAAAUUGGGCAACCUUGUCGUGUCCCUUUUUCAAUUUUAAGUUCUUCCGUCACAACAUUAUUUACAAUUAGUUUAGCCUUUUGUUCUGAAUAAAUUGCACUUAUACCAUUCUCAAAACCUUGGCCUACCCUCAUACCCUGAAGAUUCUUCUUCAUAAAAUUCCAAGAAAUAUUGUCAAAGGCUUUCUCCGCGUCUACAAAUAUCAACACUGCUUUAGUGUUUAUAUUCACUUCUAAUUUUUCCAAGAUAUCAAUUAUAUUCCUCAAAUUAUCAGACAAAUGUCUUCCUGGGAGAAAGCCCGCUUGGUCUUUAUGAAUCUCUUCCAACAGCACUUUUUCAAUCUAUUCGCCAAAAUAUCUGCAAAAAUUUUUUAAUCCACAUUAAGUAAUGAUAUAGGGCGGUAGUUCUUAAGUUGUGUCUUUUCAGUCUCUGUUUUUGGUACAAGUGUAAUAUAUGCUUCUUUCCACGACUCUGGUGCCCUCUUCCCCUCCAUAAUUUCGUUACAGACCUCUUUCAAUGGUUGAAUUAACCAUUCUUUUAAAGAUCUGUAGUAUCUAGAGGUCAAGCCGUCUGGUCCUGGAGAUUUACCCAGUUGCAUAUUUUGAAUGGCACCUUCUAUUUCCUGUUCAGUUAUUCUGUCAUUCAAAAUUAGUCUCUUUUCUUGAGAUAUUUUUGUAGUCCAUUUGUUUUCAAAAAUUGGUCUAAAUCUGUUUCUUUCACUGGCCCUUGAGUAUAUAGUCUUUUAAAAUACUUCUGGAAACAACUUCUAAUCUCUGCAGGGUUCUGUAUAUUCCUUCCUUCCACUUCUAAAUUCGUAAUCGUAUUUAAUUUUUGUCUCUUUUUCAUUUGCCAUGCCAACAAUUUACCACAUUUAUUGGCCGAUUCAAAAGUCUUUUGUCUCAUUUGUUUAAUUUUCCAUUCUAUUUCCUGAUUCAUUAUUUUCAUAUAUUGUACUUGAUAUAACUUUAACUCUGUCAGAAUCUCUUGAGAUUUGGGAUUUACUCGCAGUCUUUUUCACAUUCAUUCAUUUUGUUCAUAAUUUUAUCCUUCUUUUCAUUUUGAGUUUUUUUCUUUAUCGCAUUCUGUUGUAUUAAGAACCUUCUCAUAACAGCUUUACUUGCGUCCCAGAUUACUCUUUUCUCCACAUUGGAACUAAGAUUUAUCUCGAAGUAAUCUCUUAGAGUUUUUUGGGCCUUCUUAAGAAAUUCUUCAUCUCUAAAUAAGGUGUCAUUCAUCUUCCAUCUGAAGGAGCCAGUUGGUGUUAAUCUCAUUUCCAUCUUAACAGCAUUAUGGUCGGAGCAAAUUUUCGCAUAUAACCCUUCUGAUUGGACUAUGUGGCUUGGGAACUGGGAGCACCAUGCUGCAGUGGUUUAAUUUUUAGCUGGAUGGCCAGUUCCAGAAAGGGCUGGUAUUGGGCCCCCUAGAAUAAUUCCAUCUUGUCCGCCAUGCUUGUCAACAUCUACUCAAAGCUGUUGAAUGAGAUCAUCUGAAGAUGCGGAGUGAGGUGGCACCCAACUCUACAUCCCCUUUUCAUCUCAUUCUCGUGGGCAGUAGAAGCAGUCAACCAGUGUCAUGGACUGGUUGGAUGGAGAAGAAUGGUGGGAGAAACCAGCUGGGGAAUUGCCAAGGGAAGAAGGCUCAGAGUCCAGGGAGUGGUGGUGGGGCAACAGUGAGUGGUAAGAGGGAAAAGAGGAGGAAGACUGGGAAGAGUAGUUGUCGGAAGCUGAUGACUUGUCUUCUACCUCUACUGUCAGAGGAAGAAUGGCUCUGAUUGCCAAUUGUUGGGAGUCACAAGUGGGGAGAUCACUCAUGUCCUGCUUGCCGGCUUCCCGUAGGUCACUUUGAGAGCAGGACCUUAGAUUAGCAUAGGCCUUUGGCUGAUCCAGCAGGGCUGUUACAAAUUUCCCUCACUUUGUCCUGUACUGCAUAUGAGAGUAGGAUUUUGCCCAUAUUGCUUCCCUGCUCCCUGCACAAUGUAUUAUACUAGUGGGGAUGGGGGGGCAUGGUUCAUCUUGCUUACAUUUAGAGUCAGUUGAAUGGCACCCUAGGGGUCAUCCAGUCCAACCCCCUGCAAUGCAGGAAUCCUGCCCACAACAUUACAGUUUCAUUACAGAAAGAAUCCUGAUCAAGCCACGGCCAUUUUAAUCUUAGUCAAGGCAGCCCAGCAUAUUCCCUUUUUGUUGGGAGAAUGGACCUUCCCAUAACUCAAGUAUAAGUGAUCAGCUGCCAUAGUAGAUACCAUAGUUAGAGAUGGUUGGGGUUUGGGGUUUAUUUGUUUGUUUUUAAGCAGCAAUGUAUUCUGGGUAAAUUGCACUAAUGAGGCCUUUGCAUAACUAAGGGGUUGGCCAAGUACAGGUGAUUUAUUGCCACAGUAGCUAAUGGUCAGAGAUGUUGUUUGGAAGCAGCAAGUCAACAUAAUGUAUAAUGUGUCAUUAUGCGAUUAUUCUUUUUAUUUUUAAAAAACCUUUCCUUUUUCUAGGAGCCAAAAAUGAUUAAUUCACAGUGAAAACAUUUACAAUGUGAUUUAGUUCUGGGGUGUUGGAACAUCACAAAUUUAUGCAUAAAUACAAAUUCUGAAUAUUUCAUCAGAAUCCGUGCCACUUAACAAGGGAGUUGAGGGUGUUGCUAAUGACAAGUUCCUCUGUGGAGUGUCUACUAGUGCCAAUGAUAACAUUAUGUUAACAGUACUCCAUGUAACCAGUUUGUAACAUGCCAUAAAGCGGGAAGCAGGCAUGAGCAACACAAACCGUCAGGGGUGCAGAACUUCUUUCUCUUUCCCUAAAUGAAUUUUCACUAAAUGAACAUUUGACAGUGUGCAUUCAAUGGAUUUACAUAGGCCUAACCUUUCUCCAUUUUGUAUGAAAUUGACAUAUUGAGAUAUGUGUGGUAUUUUAAUCCUCCUUCCCUUUUCUGAUUUGUCCAGGGGUUUAGGCCAUGGAGCCUUUGGGGAGGUGUACGAAGGCCAGGUGGUUGGGAUCCCCAGCGACCCCAGUCCCUUGCAAGUGGCUGUAAAAGUAAGUGGGGAAACCAGUGACGAGUGUCCGUGGUGGUGGUUAGGUGCCAUAUUUCAUCAGAUGAAAGCAGCAUGUCUGAGUUCAAUAUUUUGGUUUCUCCUGAUUAUGGCAGGUUGGGGAAACUGAAGAAUCUAGAAUGUCUCUUCAGAAAUCAAUAUCACUUUUAGUUCAGCACAAUGGCAGAUUCUUAAUUCCCAGGCACAUCUUUAAAAACUCCAGUUAGUUGAAGAAUCUCUGGGUGUUAGAAAGGAUCCUCUAAGCCAGGCAUGGCCAAACUUGGCCCUCCAGAUGUUUUGGGACUACAGCUUCCAUCAUCCCUAGCUAACAGGACCAGUGGUCAGGGAUGAUGGGAAUUGUAGUUCCAAAACAUCUGGAGGGCAUUUGGCCAUGCCUGCUCUAAGCAAUAGCAUGAUUUCCCAUUGCCUUCCAGCCCCUUCCCCUUCUGCAUUCUGAUGCUUUCUAGGUUUACUAGAACAGACAACUGGAGUUUUUUUUCUUGCUUGGAGACAGAGUGAUGGGAAAACAGGUUUCUGCCUGUUUUACAGCUCUUAAAUACAGAGUGCCUCUGUCGAUAAGAAAGGCAGCAACUGUAAAAUUUCCUUGUGAGAGGAAUGGAGUCUAUAAUAGGUCCGUGCAGGUCCAUGAGAAAGACAGUUUGUUCAUGUUUCUCCUCUUGCUUCCUUCUUUCUUGUCUAGACUUUGCCAGAGGUUUGUUCAGAGCAAGACGAGCUGGAUUUCCUCAUGGAAGCUCUAAUAAUCAGGUGUGUUAAUUCAAGUUGAUCAAUGGCCUUUCAACCUCAGCAGAAUUAAAAGCGGGGGGGGGGGAUGGUUGGACUGCUUUUAUGCAGGUGAAAAUCAUCUCAGUAAUACAUAACAUUAAUAUAAUGCUUUAAGAGUGUUCAGAGUGGUUUUUCUUGUUGUAUUUCUUACAACUUUUUAAGGUAGGUCAGCAUUAUUAUCCCCAAAUUACCUGAGGUGGGACUGAAGCUGAGAGACAGAGGGCAUUGCCUAGGAAUUAUUGUUGUUGUAGUUGUUUUAUUUGUAACCUACCCAUCUGACUGGGUUGCCUAGCCAGUGAGUUUAUGGCAGGAACAAGAUUCUCCCACAAUGUCUCUUUGGCCGCUAUGUUUAUUUAGUUCAUAAAAAUUAUACAUGCUUGUCUGUAAACAAACAAACAAAGCGGUUUACAAAAAGAUAAAAGAAGAAAAUCAAGAAAAAAAGUACAGCAAUAGCUUAAAGCAUUCAGAAAGUUACAGUAUUAAAAGAGGUUAAAAUUCACAUCAGCUUUCUAAGUAUCUGGGUAGGCUUGUCUACACAAUCAUGUUUUUACCUUGUUUUACAAGAAUGACACCACUUCAAAAGGAAUAACAUUUUCCAAAGCAAAUGCAUCCCCAAACUUGGCCCUCCAGAUGUUUUGGGAUUACAAUUCCCAUCAUCCCUGACCCACGGUCCUGUUAGCUAGGGAUGAUGGGAGGUGUAGUCCCAAAAUAUCUGGAGGGCCGAGUUUGGGGAUGCCGGGCUAGAUCAAUAACUGAAGCUAUCAAGAUCUCAAAUCUGCCCAGCAAGUAUUUACCGUUUGAUUUAAAAGCUGUUUCUUCAUCUCCUUUUCAGCAAGUUCAACCAUCAGAAUAUCGUGCGCUGCAUUGGGGUGAGCUUGCAGGCUCUGCCACGCUUUAUUCUGCUGGAACUCAUGGCUGGAGGAGACUUGAAAUCUUUUCUGAGGGAGACGCGGCCUAGGCCGGUAAGGAGGAAACAGUUGCUUAAUGCUGGGCCCUUGUCUCCAAGUAGGUCUCCCUUGGUUAAAUGUAGCUUAAUUUUCUUCACAUAUCUCAACUGCUUCCUUUAAAAGAAUCUUUGUGGGGGUUUUGUGGCUCUUCCUCUCCCACCCUUUCUUGAACUUUAGAGCUGUUAGGGGAGAUAUAUGAACACAAAGCAGGUCUUGUGCUGAUGGGGUAGCUGAGCAACACUUCACCAUGCAACCAGCUUGCACCAGGAUCCAUAGGUGCCAACUCCCUGGGCCCCUGGGUGCCCGAUCACCCACAAAAUUCCCCAUGAAGGGGCCAGGCACCCACAAAUUUUGGUGCCAGGGCCAUGCAUGCUGCAUGGCACCCAUGGCCCCCGGCACCCACGGUCACGGGGCCAAGCUGGCACUCCUAGCGAGAUCUUUGAUCUUCUGUUUCACUUGAACGUAGGGGAGUCUGCAUUAAGAGAGAAUCUACCACCAUUCUAAAUAUCAGCAUGAUAAAGCUGCAGUUGUUACUCUACCGGUUUCUCAGUUCUGGACUGGACGAAAGGUACAGAUCAGACUGUUCCUACUGUUUCAAAAUUUGCAAGUUUUCAAGGUAUAUAGCACUCUACCUCAAUCAUUAAUAAAUAACAUUUAUGCAUUCAUUUUUUGAAGUGCUGCUGCGUAAUUUUGAGAAUAGAAAUCUUGCUAGAAAUAUUGAACAAGGAACUGGUGUAGUGUAGUGGUUAAGAGCGGUGGACUCGUAAUCUAGUGAACUGGGUUCGCAUCUCCGCUCCUCCACAUGCAGCUGCUGGGUGACCUUGGCCAGUCACACUUCUCUGAAGUCUCUCAGCCCCACUCACCUCACAGAGUGUUUGUUGUGGGGGAGAAAGGGAAAGGAGAAUGUUAGCCGCUUUGAGACUCCUUCUGGUAGCGAUAAAGCGGGAUAUCAAAUCCAAACUCUUCUGGUGUUACAGGAAUGAAAUGUUUGAAAAGGGCACCAAGGAGUCUGAGUCUUUGUUUGAGGAUGCUAAUAGCAUUGUUACCCUAUAAAGGUGGUCUGGAAAUACGCCGGUUCCCUUUGGCCAAAGAAAGACAGCAGCGUCAUGGAAAGAGUUCACGUUUAUUGCAGACUGCAUUAAGAAUAAAUGAUCCAGAGGAAUUCUCCAAAUUCUGGACCCUGAAUACAAAAUUCAAGACACUUUUACAACAUUCUGUUUACAUGGUUAGCUCAUGAACGAUCCCUUUCAGCGACAUGCGUGUACAGCUUGUGGACUUCUCAUGUUCACUUCUAAUUGGUUUACAAAAAAAUACGCUCUGUACCAUGGCAUCAGAUAGUUUAUAAAUUCACUCUUCUUCUGUCUCAUGCAAAAUGUUGCAUUUUUGGUAGUCUGUUACAUGAAGCUGUCAGUUUGGAGCUUCUAGUCUCUUGAAGGCCACUUCACCUUUCUGGUAUGUGAAGCUGAUAAGCGACGCUCUGCUUAUUAGCAAAAAGACAGGUUGAGAUUAAAAAUCUCUGCUUAGCUAGGUAAUAUACUUUUAUGCAGACAAUGGCACAGAUACACUGUGGUUGUGACUGAGUACAUGUUUAUGCAGGCUCAGCACUUAGCAGGCUGAGGUCAGCUGCAUAUCAGAAACAUGUUCUGUGACACAGGGUGAGAGCAUGACUGUAUAGGGGUAUUCUGUACUUCACCUUCCAGCUAGCCUGAAGGAACUUGGCAGCUCUCCUGCGUUCCGAAUCGGCAAAACCUCUCCUUGGUGUCCUGCUAGCUGCUGAUAGCGGACUGUAAGCUAUUGUUCAGUAGAAACUGACUCAAACCAGAAAUAAUAGUGCUGUGAAAGCAAUGUAUGUGCAGAAAUGCCUGUCUGCUGUGUUGACCCCAGUGAGUCUCAUUCCCCUGGGUUCCCCGGUAAUGACACUCAGGUAUCAGCAUACGUAGUUCUUUCAUUUUAAAACAUGUUUUUCAAAUCACUAGAGAGUCUUCCCAUUACUGACCAGCGCCGACUUCAUGAAAAAGAUAACUUCGUAUAAUUGCUUUUUCUCCUGUCAUGCAGAGAAAUUGCAGCCACUGUUAAAUAGUGACUGUCAUGUCAGAACAGAUCCAGUGUGUAAUGAACUCACAUAGCACCCAACUUUAGGGAAGCUGAAAUUAUUAUUAUUAUUAUUAAAGACACAAUCCGUUUUAAAUAAAAGCUGAUUUAAAGGAACUGAAGAAUAUAAGAAGAGGCCUGCCUGAUCAGAUGAAUGCCGUCUAGUUCAGCAUUCUGCUUUGCUAAGCUCCCAAACUGGACCUGAGCACAAUAGCUCUCUCCUGUGCAUGAUGUAAUAUAGCCACCAUUUGUAGCACACAUUGAUAUCCUCCAUCAAUUUUUAAAUCCUCCUUUAAAGUUGGUGGCCACCAUCAUUACAUCUUGUAGAAGCAAAUUCUGUAGUUCAACUUUGCACUAUUUGAAGAAUUACCGUAUUUUUCACUCUAUAAGAUGCACCAGACCACAAGACGCACCUAGUUUUUGGAGGAGGAAAACAAGAAAAAAAAUAUUCUAAAUCUCAGAAGCCAGAACAGCAAGAGGGAUCGCUACGCAGUGAAAGCAGCAAUCCUUCUUGCUGUUCUGGCUUCUGUGAUAGCUGUGUAGCCUGCAUUCGCUCCAUAAGACGCACACACAUUUCCCCUUACUUUUUAGGAGGGAAAAAGUGAGUCUUAUAGAGCAAAAAAUAUGGUACUUCUUUUUACCUGUCCUGGAUCUCCCAAUCUUCAGCUUCAUUUUAUGACCUUAGGUGCUAAUAUGUGAGGAAAACCUCUUUGUCUCCACUUUCUAAACACCAAGCAUAAUUUUGUAUAACUGUAUUACAUCCCCACACAAACUCACAUUUUUAAAAACAAAACAAAACACCCCAAAUAUUGGAACCCUUCCUCAAUCUGCUUGCUUUGUUUGCUUUUCCCAGUUGCACAACUAUCAUUUUUGAGGUGCAGCAAACAGAAUUGAACAAGGUACCCCAAAUGUGGUCAUUGUUUAGAUUUGUAAAAAGGCAUUAUGAUAUUGGAAAUAUUAUUUUCAAUCCCUCUCUUAACAGUCCUGAACAUGAAAUUCAGCUAUUUUUUACAGCUGCUGCAUAUUGGGUCAACCUUUUCACUGAGCUAUUCUCCAUGAGCCCUCUCUCCCUGCCAGUUAUUUAUCUCAAUUAAUGUAUAUUUUUCACCCCAGCAUGUGUCACUUUGUACUUGCUUGCGUUUGCCACUUUAAUCCCCAUUCACUCACUUUAGAGACAUCCUUUUUAAUCUACUAGCAAUCCGUUUUUGUUUUGUUUUUACCACCCUGAAUAAUUGGUGCCACCAGCAAAAUUAGCCACCUCAGAUUAAGUCAACCAAUGCACACCAUAGGGAAUCAAGGCUGUGUAUAGUAUUUUAUUUUUUUCUUCUGAAUGCUUACAGUAUUAUAUUUGAUGUGGUUUCAACACUUGUUUCCAAUACCAAGUACAAAAUGUCACCCAAUAUUCUGCUUUUUAACAUUUGGCUACUCAAAGCUAUCCCUGUGGCUGCUCAAAAUGAGCUUUCAUGGUCCGCAUAACAACUGAUAAUGAUACUUCGUGCAUCUGAAAAAGAGAUAUCUGGCCCAUAAAAGCUUGUGGCUCAAAAAAUGUGCUAGCUUUCAAGGACUUGUUGGCGACAUCUGCAUAAAACUUUACAGUAUGAUUUAGCAGCUAGGGAGAUGGUGAUGAGCCUCCAUAGGCCUGAGCAAAGCAUAGGGCUUGUGUGUUCCUCCUCCUACGUGGCCAGAAGAAUCAGGAAACCUGGUUUGCAACAGUUAGUUAAAUAAUUUAAAUUGAAAUACUUUAUUGUCACUUGUACAACUUGCAUACAGUGAGAUUACACGAGCACCCCCCACUCAGCUCUCUUAGUCUUAAUUCCCCUCGUUUACUGACACACACACACCAAACCCGAAAGUCAUUUGCCCUGUUGUUAUCUUUUCAUUCAGCAGCCUAACAGCCCAUGGAUAGAAGCUGUUCUUUACCCUGUUGGUGCGACUAAUCAUGCUUCUUUAUCUUCUGCCCGAGGGCAGGAGAUUAAGAAAGUGCCGGCCAGGGUGUGAAUCAUCCCUGAGAAUUUUCCUCACUCUCCUGAGGCAACGUUCUUCCGCGAUGUCAUCCAUGGACAGCCCAUAAUAUAUUGUGCGGUAUUCACCACCCUCUGUAGGCACUUCCUAUCAGAUUAUGUCAAACCAGCGUACCACACCGUGAUGCAGUAUGAAAGAACACUUUCUAUUGUUGACCAGUAGAAGGAGAUCGUCAGAUGUUGAUUGACAUCAUUCUUCCGCAAUACUCUGAGGAGAUGGAGUUUCUGUUGGGCUUUCUUAACCACCUGGGUUGUAUUUAUUUUCCAAGUAAGGUCUUCACUGAGAUAAACUCCUAGGAAUUUAAAGGAAGAGACUCUCUCCACACAGCCCUCCCUGAACUAGCGGGGCUAGUUCUCCUCUCUUGAAGUUGACUUGUUUAACAACUAUUGUUUGUUGUAAACCAGGAUUCCUGGCUUGUACGUAACACUAGAUGAAGAUUCUUUGACAGCAAAACUAAACUUGGCAGAAGCCCUCCUGGGCAGAAGAAGGGGAGGUAGAAACAUGAGAGUCCAACACUCAUCCAUGUAGUGAUAAACCAUGGUUUAAUGUUACACAAAAACAGGGCCAUAGAAUUGGAAUUGAAAGUGGCAUAGGUCCCCUUGUCCAAUCCCUUCCCACGCAAGAAAAAAGCCACAACGUGUUUUCUGCAGCAGACUAACACAGUUAUCCCUCUAGAAUUAUUCAUAGUGAGUUUACACAAUCAAUAUGUGGCUGUUUUUCUGUGGUUGGUUUCUUGGAUUGAGAAGCAGGCCUGUAGAUGUCAUUUUUAAAUGUUCAUGCUCUCUAGCUAGGAGGGCAAGAUGCUUUGUAUUGUUGGUUGUUGCGGGUCACAACGCAGUGCAGCAUGAGUCCUUACAGCCAAACACGUGGCAGGAAACAGGGACACACAUAGUGACAGAACGUAGCAUUAGCCAACCUGAGCUACAAAGAGUGGCAGCGAGUCAUAGAGCACUGCAUUAGCUUUCUUAACACAAAUAUGAUAGGGUAAGUCAGACCACAGCAGUUCCUACUAUAAUGUACAAAAGCAAGCACCAUGGAGGAAACUAGGAAAAAAACAAACACAUGACAGGAUCUUUGGAAAAAUAAAUGAGACCUCAAAGCUCUGGCAGGAAAAAUGUGCAUCCAUGUGGGUUUUAAUACAAACACAGACCCUUGUGGAAUACAGAUAAGAGAGACUUCUUUGACUGUGUAAACUUGCACCAGCAAUCUGAAUCGACAGUCUGCUAAGACUGUAUUUUAUUUUAUUUUAUGUUUUAUUAUAUUUUAUACUCAUUGAAUAUGAUUUCCUUCCCUUGCAUUUCACCUUAAUUCAGAAAAUUCUCUGUUGGAAGGUCAUUAUUUCUCCAAUAAUGACAUAAGACUGAUAAAGGCAGAGACCCAAAGCUGUCCAGAUUCUUGAAAUUGAAAUGUGCAAAUACUCUGAACAUAACAAACUCCUAAGGUGUUAAAAGACUUCUCUGCUCAAGGGUUUUUCACAUAGAAAAGCAAUCAGGAGAGGUUUUUGGUAGAUAAGCAGUAAUUUCCCUUCUUUGUGUCCUGCAGCAUGUUGCUCAAAGCAGUGAUUAUGCUGAACAAUGGAGUCAGUUUGUUUUGCGGUCACCUUUCGGAAGGUUUGACCUAACAAGGGGAUGCGUUGCUUUAAUGCUCCCAGCCCUUCCCUCCCUCCGAGCCACAACCACACGGUUUCCAGCUGGCUGCACCAUCCCUUCAUCUGGGGAGCAAGAGCAGCAAGGAGCUGCAAAGUGAAUUUCCUUGGCAUUUCAAGGCUACUCCAGUGCACUGCAUCUCUGUACAAAAUGGGCCCAAACGCUUCAUGUCUCAAACAAAUUACCCUGUUAAAUUGCCCUUGGCAAAAGAAGAGCCUCUACUUUAGCGGAGACCAAAUAAAAGGCAGCAGAAGCGCUUUUCUUCUUCAACUAAGAGUUUUACAUAAAACUUAGCAGUAGCCUUGCCUACCUGGCGAGUGCAAUCCUAAUGUCAUCACCUGGGUCUGUUGUACCAAGAUUGCACAGAGAUCCAUGAAGGGACAGCACAAAGAUUUACACAGGUCCAUGCAUGCUGCUCUCUCCAAUUUCAAAGAGUAGGGCAGGUAAGGAAGAAGAGCAAAAGAGGGUGCUUAUGACAGGAGUGUUGUGUCACAUCUGUUCGUAUUUUGCUUUUCUUGGGAAUCAAUAGUUGGACGAAGCUGGGGAUUGUUACAACUUUCAGCUAUAGAAUUUCCCUCUCAAACACUCUGGAAGGGAAAGCCAAUGUUUGCCACAAAGCUUUCUGACUUCUUACAGAAGUGCCUGCUCUGCUGCUGCACUAGAUUGGGAUUAGGUUCUUGGAAGCCUGUCUUACCUGAUUUUCGCUGUAAUCAGUGCGGUCUCUCUCUCCUGGACAUAAACGCAGAUUAGAAGACAAUAUGCACUUCAAAUCUCCCUCUCACCAACUUAGAAAACAAGAAAAGUCCUGCUGGAACAGGCCAGAGGCCCACCUUAGCUGGACAGCAGUUUCUGUUCUGGCCUGUGUUCAUCACAAUCAGUGCUGUUUCUGUUCCACUGCAGUUUGGUUUCCACCCAAUACUUGCUGCCCACUAUUCUACAUACUUUAUGCAACUUACAUUCAUUUCAGUGUAAAGGAAACAUUAAAACAGUGAUGAAAAGUCAUGUUUGCUGAUUUAAGCACAAACUAUGUGAUUGAAUACUGAUCGUAUUCACUUGACUGAUUUCUGUUCCUGGUCAUAGACAAACACUUGAAACUUUUUGUCAGAAUUCUCUGACAUCCUUACAUCUAGUCCAACAUCCUGUUCAUACAAAGGCCAAAGAGAUGCCUGUAAAAUGCCCAGAAGCAGAAUCGGAGAAUAGCAGCCCUCGUUCACUUUCACGCUUAGUUCCAGCAUAGUGCCAUUAUUAGUACAUUUGAUAUGAAUUGUCUCAAUUAGGAUAAUUUCCCUCUUUAAAAAUGCUUUUCAUGCAGGUUGCAGAUGGUGAGGGAUGGUGGAGAAAAGGUUUAAACGGGUGUGAAAUGGGUGCCCAGGACACAAGAGGAUGUUCUGUGGAGGUGCUGAGGGCAGUGUGAUCGUGCUCCAGCUAGUGAAAAAGCAGCACUAUCUUUGCAACAGUGCGAGCUUCAAUGUGUGCCUUUAAAAUAAAUGCAAACUGGAGUUUCCAAAAGGGUUAGGAAACAGAUUCAGCACCUAUUAUUGUAGCCACGCAGCUCUUUGCUUAAAGUGAUCAGGUUUUGAAGAUAAUCCUCUGAAGCGUCAUACUUUGCAUUAUUUCUUUAGAGCCACCCCUCUUCUCUAGGCAUGCUGGACUUGCUACAUGUGGCUCGCGACAUUGCUUGCGGCUGUCAAUAUCUGGAAGAAAAUCACUUCAUUCACAGGUAAGUAGCAGAAGCAGUUGUUGCUGAGGGACCACUUCCAAACGCCCUGUGUGACUGACUUAGCUUGCAAAAGGACUAACGGGAGAAUAGGAGCAGGAAACGGGCGAGGAUGGUUGUGCACUACUGCCCCCUAGAGGUUCAGAACAUUUUAUAUAUAUAUAAAAAAGGGAAGUUUGAGGAGCAAAUUAGGUAUUAUAUUUUCGCUGCGGCAUAACAAGCUUUUGAAAGCAUUUUCAUAUAUGGCAUUUCCAGCACUGUUUGAAUAACUGUAGCUCUAAUCUCGCUGUUCAGCCAAGGUGGGAGGGUAGAGCCCAGCCAAGGAGGGCUCUGUGUGUCUGUGUGUGUUUAAACCAGUUGGUGGAGAAGAAAGGACAAAGCCAUUCCUUCUACUUCAGCUUCUGGGGUCAGUGGUGCAGCUAAAGUCAAAGAGGUGCAGGUGGGGUCCAAUUCCAAGGAGUUGACCAAAUGCCCCCACGGAGAGCAGCGGACGAUAGAGGCCCAGCACCAGACCUAUGCUAAUAUGGGGACAUUGGGGGUCACUAGGACUGAUGCUGAUUGGUUUUAAAACAGAAUCAGGGAACAUAAGCUGGGCAGGCAAGGGCAUGGUUACAGGUGUUCGUUUUAAAAACACAUUGUCCUUCUCUGCAUACAAAAUGAUGCUUACUCCCAAGUUAGACUUCAGGCUUUGCAAAGCAGUGGAGCUACCACCGCAUCCACAGCCUGGCCACUCGCAUGGCAGAAGGUGGGAGGGGGGGCAGGCAGAUUGGGCACCCAAUCCCUGUGCUAGCUUCAGGCUUGUGUGGCAAUCGGGCCUGGAUCAGUACUGGCCAAUGCUGGCUUGGGAUGCAGCAGACCCUGGGCUGGGUCAGCCCCUCCCGACUCUCGGGAUGCCUCGGUCAGUGGUAUCCAUCAGGCUCAAGCAGGCAGAAGGUCUGAACUGGUGGAGUGACAGUGGCUGAGCCAGCAGAAGUGAGCAGAGGGAUGCCUCUGAUGGUGGGGAGGAGAGAGAAGGAGAGAUGAGAAAUGUUAGUUGUGUGCUUCACAAAAGGAGCAAUAUACAUGGUUGUCUAAAGAUGGCUGCCUGUCCCCCAUCAGACCAUGAAGACCAGGGUCUUAGUGCUGAGGGCCUUCUGGCGGUUCCCUCACUGUGAGAAGUGAGGUCUCAGGGAACCAGGAAGAGGGCCUUCUCGGUAAUGGCGCCUGCCCUGUGGAACGCCCUCCCAUCAGAUGUCAUGGAAAUAAACUACUAUCUGACUUUUAGAAGACAUCUGAAGGCAGCCCUGUCUAGGGAAGUUUUUAAUGUUUGAUGUUUUGUUGUAUUUUUAAUGUUCUGUCAAAAGCUGCCCAGAGUGGCUGUGGAAGCCUAGCCAGAUGGACAGGGUAGAAAUAAUAAAUUAAUGAUGAUGUACCGUGUGUGUGUGUGUGUGUGUGUGUGUGUGUGUGUGUGUGUUAAAGCUAGCCCCACUGGCUCUCAAAUUCAUCAACUGGAGUGAUCUGUGGAGCUUUAAAUCUUGUGCUGCUGAGUCUCCCGUACCACUUAAAAAAAAAAAAUGAAUGAAAAUGUUCAAUAGUCAAUUAGUUUUGUCCUUAGUUUUUCCAAUGAGUUGAGCCGUUGCUCCUCCAAGGGCAGUUUCACAUGCUUAUUCUCCUUUCCUUUUUGUUUCUUAGAGACAUCGCUGCUCGAAAUUGCCUCCUUACAUGUAAAGGCCCUGGGAGAAUAGCUAAAAUUGGAGAUUUUGGGAUGGCCCGGGACAUAUACAGGUAAGAGAACACAGCUUAUUAUUAGUCCCAUCUAGUAGAAGCCUACUCCAUAAAAAGGGGUUGGUUUAUCUGGCUUAACUUCUUUGCAGGAUCUUAUAUUUUUGCCCUGGUCAGGGGACUUGUGAUGUUUCCAGAUCCUAACUUGCAGACAGUAUUAGCAUUUGCUGUGACACUGGGGACUAACCCCAACUUCCACAAUUCACGUCCAGAGUCCACCAUCCUGCGUUCUGUUGUGAAUGCAUCUUCAGCCACGCUCCCAUUUCUCCCUUUCCCCCCCUCCACUCUUGUGUUCUGUUUUAUACUCCUUGGUGUUGACCCCGUCACUUUCAGUUUCUAUGUCAGCGUCAUUGGUAAAUCUCUCUAGUUUACAACAUAUAAAAGAGGGGGAAAGGUCAGGGAAAUGUAAUUACCCAACCUGGAAUUUAUCCAGGGCGGUUGGGAUUAAUGAUUCUGCAGUUACUGAAAGUGCCAGGAAGACUUUAAUGGCUGUGUGUGUGGUCAGGACUUCUGCUUACAUCUCAUCCGAAAAGCAACACUCACAGUGCCCUCUAAUGUCAGGCUGGAGAACUGCUUCAUCACAUGACGCAAUGAAGGGCCACUCAACAGUUUUGACAGAUGACUUACCCUUUGGCCUUUUACUUAACUUAGCUGUUUAAGAACAUUAUUUGCUAUAGUAAAAAUGUGGCAUAAGGUUUGAACAGUUGAUACCUUUUUACAGUGCUCUUUUCUGGGGGGACACAGGGGUAUGCAUAUCCCUAAACAUUUUGUGAAUCUAAGCUUGACCUCAUUGAGGUGCAGUAUUUCAAUAUGAGUAGGAAAAUGAGAGUGCCUCUAAACAUUUUAUUUUGGGGGGGGAGCACUGCCUUUUUAAAAACAGCCAACAGGGUGGGAACCAGUUUACUUGUGGGAUCACCUUACCACAAACGUCCCUGCAUCAGCACUUGGUGCUUCCAGGAGGCUGGGAUAGAGACUGACCAUCACUGCCUUUUGCUGUUGCCAGCCUCCUCUGGAGAAAGGAUAUGGAAGCCAACUAUGUCAUUUAGCCUGGUGAGGAAAUUCCUGCCCUCUGAACUGUAUUUAAGCCAGGCCAGUGUGGUGUAGUGGUUAAGAGCGGUGGACUCGUAAUCUGGGGAACCGGGUUCGAUUCCCCGCUCCUCCACAUGCAGCUGCUGGGUGACCUUGGGCUAGUCACACUUCAUUGAAGUCUCUCAGCCCCACUCACCUCACAGAGCGUUUGUUGUGGGGGAGGAAGGGAAAGGAGAAUGUUAGCCGCUUUGAGACUCCUUUGGGUAGUGAUAAAGCGGGAUAUCAAAUCCAAACUCUUCUUCUUCUUCUUCUCCUUGGAGUGCAGGAAGGACCAGUAUCAGAAACUUUAAUGUCAGUUAAUGCUAGUUUUGUGCCUUGUAUUUAAACCUAGAUUGUUGUGAUUUAUUUAUUUUUUGCAAAUAUUGAAUUAAUUCUGUGUUUGUUAAAUUGUUGGAUGCUAGUCAUUUUUUAAUUUACUGCCAUGGUCUGUAAUUCAUAUGUUUAGAUGUUUUAAAUGUUUGCUGUAAGCCACUUUGAGCAUUGCUCGUUGUGGAGAAGAGGCAUAUAAGUUCACCCAGUCAGUCAAUUCCAGAACAAUGAGGGUCAGCCUCCAAUGGUCACAUGACUGUGCACUCAUGUCUGAUUUCUUCUUCUAAACUCCCCCCGCUUUCUCAACAGAGCCAGUUACUACAGAAAAGGAGGGUGUGCAAUGCUCCCUGUCAAGUGGAUGCCCCCCGAGGCCUUCAUGGAAGGGAUAUUUACGUCCAAAACGGAUACCUGGUGAGCCUGCUCCAUAUUUUCCAUCCAUUUUUCAAGCCACCUGCUGACAGUUGGUUAAAUGUAGCAACCACCUUUCUUCUGCAGCAACCUAUGUCCUUUCUUCAAAAACACAAGGAUCCUUCCGACGUUACAUUUAGCCAUGUAGGGUGGCUCUUUCCUGCAGUGCUAAGUAGCAUCAGAAGUCAUAUGGAAGGACACCAUAUCACGACUCCUUUCCAAUGCCAGCAUUGCCCUUCCCAGGAAUUGAAGCACUUAGACAGUAAUCACGACGUGUUGCAAACGCUUCUCAUGUGACCUGACUUCUGAUCCUAUGUGGAAAGAAGAGACAGCAUAAUAACUCUGACGCUACAGAAGGAUCUCACAGUCAACAAAAUCAGUCGUGAAUGGGUGUGCCACAUGACAGGCUUUUUGCCAGUACUGGCCCCAAUCCAAGUAUAUCUGCGUAGUUUUCACUGUAUCUAUCCGUGACCGUAUUUCUUUCUCUUUUGUGUCCAGGUCAUUUGGAGUGUUGCUGUGGGAAAUAUUCUCUCUCGGAUAUAUGCCCUAUCCCAGCAAAAGUAACCAGGAGGUCUUGGAGUUUGUAACAAGUGGAGGAAGGAUGGAUCCACCCAAAAACUGCCCCGGCCCUGUGUAGGAAACUUUUAAGGAUCUGCUUGCUUCAUGGGUUCAACUUGUCAUGUUCUGGCAUCUCUUCUCAUCCUGUUUACUCUGCAAAGAUUGUUUUCCCGUUUCAUAUAUUUCACCAAUCUGCUAUAACGACUGGAACCUGCAAUGAAAUGCUGCAGAGCAGCAUAUUCAGAGUUCCAGCCAGCCAAGUUGUUUUCCAGGAUGUGCCAUUCCACUGCAUCCUGCCGCCCCCCAUCCCUGUAUUCCAUCUUGCACACCACAACCCACAACAAACCAGCAGCAUUCUAUAACCACUGACCAUGCUUCUCAGUUUUUUCCCCUGAGGAUUGUUUUGGAGAGUGGGAGAGUUCUGCAAACCCUGAAGUCCCCCCAAGCCUCUGAUAUGUCCCUCUUUUUCAUGGAUGGUGCCAUUAGCCUCAUAAAAAUUUGCUUCACUAUUUUCUGUAGGAUAAAUUCUUUCAUUAGCUGUAAUGGUUUAACUUUGCAGUCACUGUCAUUUUGGUGGGUACUAACUACCAGCUGAUGCCAUGUCCAGAGUCCUCAUCCUCUUGUAAUAAUUCAGUCUUCACCUUCGCUUCUCUUACAAAUGGCCUAAGAGCCUCAAAUUAAAUUUAAUUCACAUAACAAUUUGUGUCCUGAUGCUUCCAGGAAAUGAAUCAAGGACCCUGCAGUGUUUCCCCCUUACGCAGGUGGGCAUUAUUUGAGUAACAAGUUAAUAGGUAACCUGCUCCAUCUCAAGCACUUUUAGCCAAUUUUUGGUGUGGCUCGGUUGAACUAAGUUCAGCCAAAUUUCAGCUAUGUUAUUCCCAGGGACACAAUCAGAACUCUAUUUAUGAACUAAGCCCCCUCCCUCCAAUGUUACUUUUGAUUUGAUAGUGGGAUAAAAUAAUCAUUGAGAAAACACCAGCUUCAGACAUUCUAUGUUUAGCAAUGCCUGUCCCACUGCUAACUCACAAUAAUGUCCUCUGUGGCCAGGAGUGCCCUAUAGCAGCUUAGUCUUGUUUGCCUUAGCCCUUAGCCUGGAAAGGGCCAUAGCUCAGUGGCUGAGUGCAUGUCUUGCAUGAGAGGGCUUGCAGAUUCAAGCCCCGCCAUCUACAGAAAGGACUGUUGCUUGAAACCCUGGAGAGCUGUUGCCUGUCAGUGUCGAGAAUACUGAGCUACUAGACCAGUCGGUUUGAUUCUGUAUAAUAAAUAAGGCAGCAUCCUAACCCACUCUCCUGCCAUUCACCAUUUGGUCUUCUGCUCUCAUUGCAGGUAUCGAAUAAUGACACAAUGCUGGCAACACCAGCCUGAAGACCGGCCAAACUUUGCCAUAAUAUUGGAGAGGAUUGAAUACUGCACUCAGGUACCUAUAACUUCUCAGGGCAAUUAUUUUAUGCUGUUUCUUCUAAGAAAUGCCAGAAGGGGCACAUGGAAAAGAAACAAUGGGUGAGCCAAGACAACCAGAGCACAACCUGGUGCCAGUGUCUCUGACUCUUGCCCAACCCUUCCCCAGACCACCUGAAGAAGUGAAUUCAGUUGCAAUGCAAGCUAUAUCCGAGAGUUAUUAUGGAUCAAAUGUGAAGUGCCCAGCCAGAAAACAAGCCCUUGAUCCUUUCAGAACUUGCCUUGAGGCAGGGUGUGAUGGUGAUUAGCGAUGGGUGUGGGUUUGUGUGUGUGUGUGUGUGUGUGUGUGUGGAUCCAUAGGUUGGAUUGCAAAGCAGACUCCUCACCUGAUUUGAUCCAGGUAGAUUCUGAAUUGGAUCAGAUCAUGAAUCCAUUUCAAAAGCUGCAGUCCUUGCUACAAGGAGUCUGAGGGCUUCUGCUCUGAUAGUAAUUUUUUUAUUUCCUUUGAAGAAGUUGGGUCUUCCAGACACCCAAAGCCUGGCUUGGCUGGCACAUGGGACUUGAUGUUCUUGCUCUCCCCUGUGCAAUUCCCUUUGAGAGUGGUGGAAUGAUCUCGAGUCCCGUUGCUCUCGGGGGAUCUUGCUCUACUCUGUGCAAAGUGCAUGGCAGCAAGAAACCACGCCUUAGCUGCUCCAGGCUCAUCUGCUUGCUCUCUUUCCCCACUAGAGGGAAAGGAAAAGGAAAGCCACGUGCCAGCAGGUCCAAUGACCAAACUGGUGGGACAGCAUCUCCUUUUUGUCACAGCGGGUGGCGCUGUGGGUUAAACCACAGAGCCUAAGACUUGCCGAUCAGGUCGGCAGUUCGAAUCCCUGCGACGGGGUGAGCUCCCAUUGCUUGGUCCCUGCUCCUGCCAACCUAGCAGUUCGAAAGCACGUCAAAGUGCAAGUAGAUAAAUAGGUACCGCUCCGGUGGGAAGGUAAACGGCGUUUCUGUGCGCUGCUCUGGUUCACCAGAAGUGGCUUAGGCAUGCUGGCCACAUGACCCGGAAGCUGUACGCCGGCUCCCUCGGCCAAUAAAGUGAGAGGAGCGCCACAACCCCAGAGUAGGCCACGACUGGACCUAAUGGUCAGGGGUCCCUAUACCUUUACCUUUACAGUGCCCAUUUGUUUGCCCUCUUCCUCUGGGUCCAAUCCACAUGAUCAUCCAGAAGGAGAGAGUGCAAGGAAGGCAAGGGGAAGAGGCUGUGUUCUUCUGCCUCCUUGUUCUGGUUACUGUCUGCAUGCUUAGAGGGUAGCUGAAUAGGCAGCAACAGCAAGGAGAAGGAGCAACAGCAAUAGCACGUGGCCAAAUAAACUGUGCGCCUGCUUCAUUGUUGUGGCAAUAGCAAGUGCCCCAUGAUCCUCACUGCUGAUGCUGUUCCUAUCCUUCUAAUCCAUCCUUUCUACGCAUAUCCAGCCGACACUGCUCUGUGAUUUAUUGCAGCAAAUCCAGGGGCAGCAGAGCCUUCAGUGCUUUCAAAACCGAUCUCUUGGCCAUUAGUGCUGUCCAGUAAAUCCACACUUUUUUAGAAUACCCUGCAUUGAAGGAAUACAUCCCAGAAUCAGAUGCAUGAAGAAAUAUUGCGCUCAUUUAAUAUUUAUAACCCAUUUUUCUUCCCUAAACGAAAGUCAAAGUGGCCAACAGAAAAGCAAUCAAUGCAAUAAUGCCAGAAUUGUUGAAUUGUAAAAUGUUUCCAUCCAAGUAUGAUGUCCACUGCCACUGGGAACAAAAAAUAAUUUUGCUCUCAAUAAAUUUAUAUUCUGCCCCACCCUAACAUGUCUGAAUGAGGUCAUCCUUUUUCUCCAGACCUGCAAGACAUUUAAGUGUUCUGCUGCAUAAUAACAGAUAUUAUUCAAUAGUAGGUUUGUUAUCAAUCAAUCAAAUCCGUUUAUUGUGAGGACCAUGCCUGUACACAAACAUUAACACAACAAUAGUUAAAAACAUUAAAAUCACACCACGCAACAACCUUCAUCCUACAAAAUAGAAAGAGAGGGAAAACAAGCAACGAGAAGCAACAGACGAUGAAGGGGUCUUAACAUUAUCAUCCAUAAUCUUCCUGGCUUCGUGGGCCUUCAUCACAAAACCGCCACCAUGCGGGGUGGGCCUGCACAACUAACAGCACUUUACCAUCUCAGGACUGGUUAUAGAGUUGGGCAUAAAUUUGCAGCAAUGCGUCUCUAGUCCAGAUGGGGCACAGAGUGAGAUAAUGUCAGAUCUUCUAAUUCUUCAUAAGGCAAGGGCAUAAACGGUGUCUUAUCAGUUUUUGUGAACCCACCGGUCAGAUAUGCAGCUGGCAGUGUUUGAAACCUGUACAUAGUGAAAGCUCCGAAGGGUGGGAUCAGUGAUCUCCACUGGGCAGUUAGCACGACUUUGACUGCUGUCAAACCAGUAGGAAAACCCAGAGUUUUAUCUUUGUGAGUCCAAAAGGCUUUUUUCAAAGAUCCAUUCCGAACUCUUUAUCAGGUUCACACCUAAGGGUAAUAAACUCAGGUAGAUUGUAUCUGGAUAGGAUAUCUAGUAGGUUUUUAUGCGCAGUAUUAUUUUGUAAUGAUACAAAGGCUUGUUUAGCCAAUAAAGUGUUCGCACCAGAGGUUGGUGGUGCAACAGGAAUCUUAAGUGGGCCCUGGCAGACACAGAAGGUAAUCCUACUUCCACCUAGAGAGCUGCCGGAGCACUUGGAGGGGAGGCCUAGAAUUCUUCUGAGGUAAAAAUUUUGGAAGAUUUCCAAGCCGUUUCAACAGCUUCUGACCCAUCCCUAGAGUUCUACCUCCAUAUAGCAUCUGGGGAAUCACUUUUCCAACAAAAAAGCUUUUAGUGUCAGACCACCAGUUGCCCUCCCUAAUAAAAAGCUGAGCAGAGCACCGAUUGUCCUACGUGUUAGGAAGGGCUACAGUCUGAAGGGCAAGCCAGCUAGAUGUAAUGGAAAGUGAUACCAAGCAUAUUUAAAAAAGGACACUGGUUCAAUUUUGUGUUCAUCUAAAGACCAUCUAAAUGUGUAUGUAUCAGUAAAUACUCAAUGAAUUUUUGCUUGUCAUAAUUAUCUUGCAGAGUUUUGGGAAACAAUUGUUGCGAGCCCUCCAGCAUGCCAUAGCCCUCUUCGAGUAAGGCUAUGACAGCCAUGUCAUCAGCAUAUAGUAAUAUAUUCCAGGUGUUUGCCUUCCAGGGCAGGAGCUGAUGACUUAUACUUUGCCAUAUGUUGAACAAAUGUCAUUUAUAUAGAAAUUGAAGAGGAACGGCGCCACAACAAACAGCUCCUGUUUCUAACCCCUUUUCCCAGUGGCAGUGGGUCAGAGAAGGCCUGACAUCCCAGUUCUUGAUUUUUUAACUGUGGUGUCUGGAAUGAACUCUCUGGCAGUUUGAGGUCAGCCUAUCAAUAUCUGCUCUGGCUUGCCAUAAUUUGUCCCUGCAGAUUGAAUCAAAGCGGAUGUGAGAUCUACAAAAAGCCACAAAAGCUUUGUUCUCAUGCACUUUGUAUACUUAUCUAUCAUUGUCUGUAGUACCAAACAAUGUCUGUUGUAUCAGGGUUCUCUGAACCCUGCCUGUUCCGGAUUGGAGAAGGCUGAGUGGUCAUCUAGUCAACCAGUUUAUUUGUAUAUGCAUAGUAUAAAGUUUAUACACAAUGUCCAGAGACUUAUGGCUUAUAGUUUGAGGGGCCCUGGGGGCCUCCCUUCCUUUAUAGAUGGGGCUACCAGGCUCAGCUUCCAGUUUUCUGGGAUUUUGCAUAUAUCAUUUAUUUACCGCAAAAGUUAAAUAAAAUAUGAGUCUGGAUUAGGCUUAAACACCUCAGGAGGAAUCAUAUCUCACCGAGCUUUGCCAUUCUUAUGUUUUGACUAGCUGUAAACAUUCUGAUCUCGGUAACAGGAUCCCAGCCCAUUAAUAGAUCAAGUAAGAGGAGGAAACUGGCUCUGGUUUAGCAAUGUUUGAGCUGUAUAUAUCGGGAAAAUGUUGAGCUUAAGGUUAGAUGAAAUACUGUUAAGCCAAUUUUCCUGCGAAACUCUCCUGGGCAAUUAUUUGAACUUUGUCGUCCUCGCACCUGACUCAUGGCCGGCGCCUCCAUUGUUCCUUUCUGUAGAGGGAUUUCUUAAAUUUUAGAGUAUUGGUUUGUUAUAAGACCAUUCAAAGAGGCUUGCUGGAUCAGGCCAUGAGUCCACCUAGUCCAGCUACCUCUUUUCCACGGUGGCUAACCAGAUGCCUAUGGGAAACCACAAGCAGAGCAUGAAGGCAAUUGCCCCCGCCUGCACCGGCCCUCUAGCAACUGGAGCCACUGAGCAAUUCAGUCCACAUUUAAAGGCGAACCUACCUAAUUCACAGUUUCCCAAACAAUAUGAGAACUGAAACACAUAUAUCCUUUUAAAUGUGCACUUCUCUGAAUUUUGUAAUGUAGUUCUCCAGGUAAGUAAUGUGCAUCAAGAUUCAUAUACUGGGAUAAAAUGUCAAUAAAAAUGCAUAUAUUCUUGGGUUUUUUAGUGCAUAGUUUUUUCGGGGAAAUUGCUUUGCAAAAAUAUGUAGGCAAGAUUGCAUACAAGGGUGGAAUUCAAUGACUUGCUGUUAGAAGCAUUUUGUCAUGGAAAGCAUUUCCGAUUGCUUUCCUCCUCUCUCCUCACCCUGUACGCUAUUCUGGGGGUUCUCCCAACCUCCCCAGAGCCCCUUUUGGGAGGCAUGGAGGCACAUGGGUGGAAGAAAGGGGGAGGAAGCAGACACAAGGCUGCUGUUGACAGGACUCAAUAGCUGACUCCUGCCCCAAAGAGUGUGAAAUGCUGGUGAAAUUUCAUGAAGGUUUUAAGAAAACUGCAAACUGAUCUGAAAAUGUGGCAAGCUGAACUUAAGAUUGGAAAAAUGAGAAAUUAAGAGAAACCAAAACUGACCGAUUCAACCAUCUCUACCCAAGUAUGGAGGUUACCUGGCCUAUGCACUUGCCCUCUGUAGAUUUGUCCAACUGCUUUCUGGCAGUGAAUUCCAUAAAUUAAUUGCACUCUGUGUGGAAGUAGUUGUUCCUCAUAGCUGUCCUGAAAGUCAAUUUUAUUGGGUGAUUGGGCAUGCGUCCAUUAGGAGAGAGAGAAAAUCUUUUCACGAAGCAAUGGUAGAUUUCUCCAGCAGCACUCUGUAGCGUCAAGCAGUUAAAGAAAGCAGCAGCAUGUUUUGAAUCCCUUGUUUUUUUACUGCAGGAUCCUGAUGUGAUCAACACAGUUCUGCCAGUGGAAUAUGGCCCCUGCAUUGAGGAGGAAGAAAAGGUCCCCGUGCGCCCUGAAGACCCCGAAGCAAUCCCUCCGUUGCUAGUCUUGCCGCAGAAAGAGAAAAAAGGUGUUGAGCAGCUCCUGCCUUCCCCACCAUCCUUGGCCUUAGCCAUCGCUACAGGGAAGGCUCUGGUGAAAGCAGCUAGUGUCGAUCCAUCAGUCUGUGCUACUACACAGGCCCCCCUGGAAGGGGGACAUGUCAACAUGGCGUACACUCAGUCCAAUCCGGCCACUGAGCUCCACAAAGGCCGAGGGUCCAGAAACAAGCCUACCAACCUCUGGAACCCGACCUACGGCUCCUGGUUUUCAGAGAAGCCCAUUGUCAAAAACACUUCACAGGCGGAGAAAGAGGCAACUGAGAGGGAAGGUCCAGGGCAUGAAGGGAACUGUACUUUGGGGCCCAGCAUUGUGACUGGAAGGCUGCCAAGCUCCUCCCUUCUUCUAGAACCAUCUUCGCUGACAGCCAGCGUUAAGGAAGUGCCUCUGUUCAGGCUCCGCCAUUUCCCCUGUGGAAAUGUUAACUAUGGAUACCAACAGCAGGGCUUGCCCUUGGAAACUUCGGCCCCACCCUUGUGCCAGCAGCUGCGAGGGCCCUCCCCUUAG